AUGACUUCGUCGUCAAAAUUACAAAGACGAGCCAAUGACAAAAUACGGAAAAGAUGGCAACUGUUCCACGCUACGGAUUUUGAAUCAUUGAUGUAUCCUACCUUCACAUUUUGCUACAUUCUUGGAAUAUUUCCAUAUAAAAUCAACUCUUCGGUCUUCGAAACUUCUACACUGCGUUAUAUUUUUUCAACCAUCAUUACCUGUGUUUACCUCAUUUCUUUAUUAUACAUUAUCUAUGUAUACGAAAUUUCUGGAAAUGGGUACAAAAUCAUACCCAGAAUUCUCAAUCGUAGUUGCUUCUACAUACUCAGUGGUUUUAUAGCGAUUAUCACGUACAUUUUGAGCGGUCCACGAAUGCGUUUGCUUCAAACUAUAAAGGAGAUCUCUUCAAAAUUGCCUUCGGAAUCAUAUCAGAAGUUAUCCAAACUAAUUCACACCAAGGAUCUCUUAGGUUCCUUCUUUCUUAUUAUUAUUCAACUGCCAAUAUAUUUCAAUGUAAAUGUCCCUAUUACAACCAAGAUUUUUGUAAUAUACGCUAGUCAGAUGAUACUUCAUAUGGAUAUGUUGUAUAUGAAUUGUGUUUGUAUACUAAAGGCUUGUUUCAAGGGAAUCAAUGAUAAUUUAGAGAACAUGCAGGAGCAUACGAUGGUAUAUCAUCUUGACAAAAUAUGCUACAAACAAAGAAGUUCAUUCUUGCUGAUCGAAUUAAAGACAUUGAAAAAACAACAUCUAAUGAUUAGUAACACAGUGCAAAUGCUGAACAUGAUUUUCAGUUUGCAACUCCUCGCUACUAUAAUUAUGACUUUUACCCAGAUCACUUUCACACUUUAUUUUUAUGUAUUAUAUUGGCAAAUAAACAUAUUCGUGUUUAAUAUAGACAACAUAUACAAUUAUAUGUACCCCAUAUUCUUGAAGAUGUGCACAAUAUAUUAUUUUAUAAAACUUACGUUUGUGGUGUGGGCUUGUGAGACCGGUAAGGAUCAGGCUCUGCAGAUUGGUAUCACUGUUCAUGACGUGCUUAACAGCGUCGACGAUAACGAAAUCAAAAGGGAGUUGCAGAUGUUUUCUUUGCAAAUUAUGCAUUGCGAUAAUACGUUCUCCGCGAAGGGUUUUACUGUGGACGCAACACUUCUCGCUUCGAUAGUGGGUAGCAUCAGCACAUAUUUAUUGAUCUUGAUGCAAUUUUUGAACAUGACAUAUUGCGAUGAAAAAAUUGCCACUAAUACUACACACAUUCACUGA